AAUCCCCAGGAAAGCUGUAGUGUCUACGUUCGGCCGAGUUUGUUACUUCUCCAGGAGGAAGAAGUCCUGCCGCCGCCCGAAGACCAACAACUCCACCUGAAACACACACAAACCGGCCAUAAAACACAACAUGGACGCGAGCAGACCUCAACACACAACAGCCGCAGCCGCAGGACCAGACGAGGCGGCAAAAAAGAAAGCCGCUGCGGCCCAGGCAGCCAUCCACCUUCCGGAGGUCCGACUGGUGGUGCUGGGCUGGAGAUGGCCGGGAAAGAGCCUGACGGGGAAUACCAUCUUAGGCCGAGAGGAGUUUCACCUGGAGCGAGCGGCCGAGUUCUGUGUGAAGAGGCAGACUGAGAUGCUGGGGCGGGAGGUGAUUGUGGUGGACACUCCCGGGUGGUUCUCCGCGCAGGACACCCCCCCCUCCUACAAAGAGGAGCUAGUAAGAGGAGCAUCUCUGACGCCUCCGGGUCCACACGCCUUCCUGCUCGUCAUCCCCGUGGGCAUGUUCAGCGAGGUGGACCGUGCACGCAUCGAGGAGCACGUGAGCCUCUUCGGGGAGCACGUGUGGAAGCAUACCAUUGUGGUUUUCACGUGGGCAGAGGUGUUGAGGAAUAUUUCAAUCGAGAGGUACAUCCGCAGGGAGGGCAAGGAUCUGCAGUGGGUCCUGGAAAAGUGCAAGCGGAGGUACUUUGUCAUAAACAACUGCAUAUACGGGGAGCAUCCGCAGGUGGGACGCCUGAUGGAGAAGGUGGAGAGGUUGGUGGCAGCGGAAGGGGGGCACUACGGCCAUGAGGAGGCGGAGAAAGAGAAGAAAGCACCGGAGGAGAACCAGAACCCAGCCAGGGAAGUGCGGGAGCUGGGGGCGAGACCCAAACAGAACUCUGCACUGAGUUUGUCCAAAGCCAUGGAGGUGGAUCCACUUUCCAGUGAGUGAUGGAAAGGGAUGGAGGGUUGGUAAAUGUGUAAAUUGGUUUCAUAUCUCCUCCCGGUGACGGUAAUACACCUCAAAUCUGAUUUGCAAAGCACCGUUAAACACAGAAUAGGGAGCUGAAGAGUGUUAAGCUCCAUCGACAACUGAGGUCUGACAUUUUGCCAUAUUGGCACAAUUUUUAUUUACUAUGAGACUUAGUCUGCCAUGUCUCCUCUGGUUUGUUCCCCCAAAAUACAUGAAUUUCCUAUUCAACAGACACAUCCUAUCUUCUUCCUCAUCCCUCCACUGAAAUUGGAUUUCUUGAAUUUCAAACGGCUUCUCUGACACUCGUGGCUCUGCUAGUCAAACUUAAUAUUAUCUUCUCAUUCUAUUGCCCAUCAAUAAAACAAGACGAGUUGGAUUCAGAGGCGUGACACAGGCAGCAAACAGUUUGCUGAUGUCGGCUGUUUUUUAAAUCGUCAGUAGUUGUCAUAUUGACAAACAUUGAUGCAUCCGGUUAACAUAAAAUCAUAUCUGGCUCACCAUGAAGUUUUACAUGCUGUGAGUUUCUUUUUAGGACAUUUCUGAUAAUUAAAGACCUUGUGAAAUGAACACAAGACUUCAACUUCCUGGAAUUUAAAGUAAACAAAAAACUCCAAUAUCCAAGUGAUUCACGCAGUGUGCUGCUUUAUCCCCCUACACAACGUCCUGUUUCAACAGACAACACGUCACAUUAAACAAGCAACAGCUGAUUGUUCUAGCUCUUUUGACGUGGAGGGAACGAGAUGUGAAAACAACCCGGACGUUAUUAUCGCCUUUUUAGGUUGAUACAGCCAACUUAUCAGCAAACCUCUGGCCAGUAGUCACUCUGCUUUAAGCGCUGUUGUCGGUCUCAAUGUUGGACAGUGCGUUUUAUUCACUGUUGCUGUAAACAACACAGUGAAAGGUGUGUGAGUUAACCAUCACAGCAAAGGGAGCCAAAAGACAGGUCAGGUGAUAACUCUCUCUGAGCAUGACUCACCUCUUUCACAGUUAGUCCAGUGUCGUUAUAUAUAUAAGGAGUAUUGCUUCUUUCAGGAAGUAAACGUGUCAUUUGAUGAUGUAUUUAGAUUUAAAUUCCAGGCUGAUACACAUUAAAUUUCAUCAGCUUCUCUCCUUACCUUGUCUUUUCACCCUUGAAUCUGUCCGCUUGUCAUUUACUCCUCCUGUGUCCAUAGCGACCCAAAGUAAACACACAAAGAAAAACAAACAAAGCAUCAUCUCUUCCUCUCCUCACACUGCUUUUUCAGUGACGUCACAGUACAUUAGCCAAAUGCAUGUAUGACAGAGCCCUAUUAAUAACUCACUGUGUCUAAUUUCUGGAUUAACCACACACUCUCGACUGAUGGACCCUCUAAACCACGACUAACCCUUCACUGCGUAUUUGACGAGAGGGGGAAAGGGGUAAUUGGCUGAAAUGUUACUGAAUGUACAAACCAAUGUGAUUUAUUUAAGUUAUUUUUGAAAAAUCUGACGUGUUAGUGUGUGUUGUAGUUGUGUUCCUUCUUUGUGACGCUGCAUCUUCUCAAUGUGACGAUGUGGGAGGCCUUUUCAACAUAAGAGCCUGUUACGUACAGUGGGUAACCACCAUCAUUGUGUGCACUCCUGAGUCAUGGUGACCAGUGGCAGAACUGCACUACUAAAUUCUUUCUGUUAUAUUUAGUCAAUGACUGUUGAGGGAGUGGCUUUUUUAAUGAUUCCUAUUCGUUGUGACCAAACUGUAAAUGUAUUUUCCUAUGCAACACAUUCAUUGCACUCUCAGUGGACAGUUAUGAAUUUUAGCACUUGAGCAGUUACUGAAUUUAUUGUCUGUUGCCUUCAAGUUGUGAUUUUUUUAAAAGUGGAUCUGUCAGAUGUUUGUAUCACGUUGUGGCAUAGGGAUAUGUUUGAGGAUCAGACGCUUCACUGUGGCCUUCAAAACAGAUGCUCAAAUUAUUUAUUAACUCAGUGGAAUAUUCAGGUUAUAAGUCCCUAUAGCUGUGCAUAGAUGAAUUUAGGACUUUUGGAGAAAAUGAUGUCUCCUCCUGACAGAACAGUCAGCUGCUCUGAACACAAAGGAGUUUGUGAGUCUCAGCACAGUAAAGCAGUGUAUUUGACAAAACAGUAAAAAGGUUACCGUGCAGUAAACCAGUGGCAUGUCUCCAGUCCUGCCUAUUGUUGGGCCUCAAACCAGCCCAGCUCCUCAGGUCAUAAGGGACCCGCACAGCAGUCGCCCAGCAUCACAGAGUCAAAGCAGGAGAACACAGUGUUGACUCCUUGCCUUUCAUAUCCCUCUACCACAGAUCAGUUCACAUAUACUCACUUAUAUAUCUAAUGAUAUUUCCCUUUUAUUCUCAUGAAUACUCUGAUUGUUUUUAUUAACUAGACUGAGAUCCACAGAUCCUGGUUGGAAAUAUUUGCCUUCAGGGGUUUGUUCUUUGUAAAUAUCACAAACGUCUCUCAGGAGUUAGAUCCACUGGUUUUCACUCUGAAAAUUGAAAUUUUUUUAACCCUCCGGGGUUUAAUAAGCAAAGCUCUGAGAGUCAACAACUGACUUAAAAGCCUUUUUAUUGUAGGAAUCCUGCAGAUAGCGUAGCUCUGCUCUUUCUAAGCAGCUGUUAGUGUUUUUACGGGAAUGUAUUUAUAUUCAUAACAGGGUAAAGUGGAUAUUCAUGAAUGCACUUUGGCUGUUUCACCUGGCGUGGGUAAACACUGCUGUGUGUGUGUUGACAUUUGAUACAGAAACAUCAGAAAGGAAACUAACUUACUGUUCACUCAUUACUUUAGAUUGAGGGAGUUGAUUCAAACACUCCAAUGACAAAUUGCUCUGAAUAAUCACAUUCACGAACAACAGCUGCACAUGUAGGUCAGACUGUAUCUGGUUAAAUGUCACUUUGCAGCAUUGGACAAGAAAAAAGAAGAAGAAUUUAAUACAAAGAUAAAAAUCUGGAUUUGACCGACAUGUAUUGUAUUUGAGACGCUGACACAUAUCUGCUCGGAGACUUGCAACCUAAUACAACCAUCUUUGUAUUCAUGUUGUUUGCAGCAGUAAUUUAGUUUCUUCUAAAACCUUUUUCUCCUGAAGCAUCGACCCUGUUUUCUCCUCCUCCUGUGCUGCGUCACUAUGAGUCCAGCACGAGAAUCAAGUUACUCUUCAGAAAGUCAUGAGCUGAACCCAGUAACCUCACUGGGCCUUUGCUGUAUUGUGCUGUAAUGCUGCAAUUGUUAUUACAUCUUCAAAUAAAUGUAUAUUUUGAUCCACUGUCAA